CGAUCGACUAAACACGCGUGGUACUAAAUUUGGAAAGUACGCGCGCAUGGAGUCGGUCGUGACGACGCUGCCCGUCAUUGCGCCGCGGUCCGCAUCGCCCACCAAGCCGCGGGUGCUCCUGCGCACGAUGACGCUGCCAACCUUUGAACUCAGCCCCAAGUGCGACACGGCAUCGGUUGGCGCCUCCUCGGGCUUCCAGAAGCGCGUCGCACUCUCAAAAGCACGACGCGCUAGCUGCAGUGCGCUCUGCGCCAAGGUCGCGGCCCGUGCACCGACGUUUGAAAUCGAGGAGCAGCUGCUGGCGGCCCCGACCAACGUCGCCUUGCGCAUCGAGUUGGGGUAUCGGUACGCCGAGCAGGACGGAUCGAAACUCUGGGCCGUCGUGCUUCUGGAGCAAGUGAGCUUGAUGCACGACGAGCGGGGCGGGUGGCGCUUCUACCAAGUGCUCGGCCACGCGCACUACCAUCUCAUGCUGCGCCACCCGCGGCCGCACCACUGCUGCGUCUUCCACUUGCACCAAGCGACCGAGACGUACAAGCUCGCAUUGUCCUAUCUUGAGAACAUGGGCGACGUGCUCCUCGUCAUCAACUAUGCGACCGCGCUCUUCAUGCAAGGCGUCAAGGAACGACCUCUCGAGAUGCUCGCGACCGUCAACCUCCGCCAUGGUAUCCAGUUUGGUCCGCUUGACAACCAGAUCUACGUCGAUCGCCUCUUUACGCAUUUCCAAAUCUUAUCUGCCAACGAGUGCUUCAAUGAUGCACUCACCGCGCUCUCGAAAAUCCAGCAGUUGCAAGCGCGACCGACGGGGUAUGCCACGCGCGACCUCGACCUCGUCCGCGCGCGCUGCCUCCAGCUGCAAGGCGACCUCCUCGCGUCGUCCGAGCUCUUUUCCCGCAUUUUGCUCGAGUCGUUUGGCCCCGCAACCACAUAUGCAGAUGAAAUGUAUGCGACUCUGUGGCACAAUCUCUGCAGUCUGUGCCUCCGACGCGGACAUCUCUUCUUGGCCAUCGACUAUGCGACACUUGCGCUCACGUAUGCGAAAGCGGCCAAGCUGCGUGCGACCUUGUACUACGCCAGGGGGGUCUCGCACUACUGCCUCCACAACGCCAACGCCGCCGAAGACGACUACCGCCGUGGGCGCAACGCGUCCCACGAGAUCAAACCGCUCUAUACGCUGCGCGAGCUCAAAUCCUCGUACAAAGACGCCUUUGCACUUGUGCUCUCGACUUCAAUUCCCGAUAUUGUUGCGUCGGGCCGCCGCGGCCUCGGCAAAACCACCGCGACGCUCAAGGUCCAGCGACAGUUCCGGCGAUUUCUGCACCAGAAGAGCCAGGGCGCAAACCCGCCCAGCCUCACGCAGCGGCCUCUCGCCAGACAGUCGUCGUUCCAGACGUCGAUUGUCGCCGAAGACUCGCCACCGGUGCUGCCACAUCUGGACGACGUUGCGGUCGCGCCGCAGCCGUCGCCCACACUACAGCCUAGUGACACAAUCGCGUCCCUCAAACUCUUGCACGCAGAAACCGUGCGGCUCAAGCCAUACCUUCCACACGCAGCGCCGCGCCAGUUCAAAGCAGCAAUCAAGCGCGCUGGCCCCGCACCGCGCUGCUUUUUGUCGCCGGACUUUGACCGCCCCGACGCGCGUCGUCUCCGAUCGCUCACGUCGUACCGCCGGCUCGGGUACUCGAAUGGCGACGUGUCGUAUGUGCAGCAUUGGCGUGCGCUCCUCGACGUCGGCCUCGAACUCUUUACGAGUCCGAAAUCGCUGGCGAGGAGCGUGACCCAUGUCCGCGCCUUCCACCCGACACUCGGCGAAGCCGUUGCGAUCUGCGCGCUCGUCGACAGCGACGGCAACGUCGACGAAGCCUGCGGCAAGCUCAGUGACGCGGCGUACACGACGGAGCUCCAGUCGCUUGUCGUCGUUCUGGACGUCGGAAGCUGCGUCGGCCGGCGGUGGCGGCAUGGCACCAACGACACAGCGGACGAUGCCAAUGACGAUGACGAGCAUCCACUGUUUGGCGUCCCUGAGAUUGACGCGGCGACAGGAAAACUCCUCGUCCAUGACCUCCGGACGCUACUGCCGUCCCCGACGCGGAUGCCUGCGGCGUCGCCACCGCGCAACGUCUUCGACCGCGUGACGAGCCCGGUUCUAAAGCGCGAGAGCUUUCGCGCAGUGCACAUCAUUGACGACCACGUCACGGCGGCGCGUCACCAGCGGCGCUCCAAGCAGGAUAUCGUCGUCUUCAAGUAA